AAGAAAAAAGCAACUGAAUAUAUAAUUACUGAUAAAUUACAUAAAAAUAUAAUUCUGAGAUCGUGCAAAAGCCACCAUUUCCUUGGUUCGAAAUUGAGAGAGAGAGGGAGAUAGAACAGAGAGAAGACUAAUGAGAAGCAAAGCCUUCAAACAACCGAUCGAUUAAGACUUUAUCCUUUUCAGGACUGGCAUGGAUUUUGCCUAUGGUGUUGAAGAUCCUGCAAUACUGCAGCUGCAGAAAUGGGGGUCCUCGCAAGUCCAAGUCAACCUGUCAGACUUUUGUGAAGGUUUUAUCUCUCCAAGACGGGAGUUAUUGGUGCUACUUUCAUAUCAUUGUGAAGCUUUGCUGCUUCCAUUGGGUAAAAAUAUUAAGGAUCCACAAAGCUUUAAGAAUUUCCACAAUCAGGAUGCUUCGGUUUCCUGCUCACCGGAGCGCAUGGUACCUGGUAAAACAGAGUUAGGGGAUGGUUUUGAGAGCACUUCUCAGUCAAUUGAGACGGAGACGUGUAACCAAAAAACGCAGUCAGCUGAUUUUACAGGAUCUAACUCUUUCCCUUCUAUUUCUGAUGUAAGCACUGUGGCUUGGGGUAUGUGUGAAGAUUUAUGUAGUCAGCAUGACAGUGUUCCUUUCAAAGAACUGCUUUUCGUGUUAGGCGGUGAGGGGGUAACUGUCCAUGCCUUUUGUCAACCUUAUAUGAUGAGUGAGUUAAUAACACCCAUGGAACAAGAUGAUGUAGGUCAAGGAUCAUGGGUGGAGUGGGGGCCGUCAACAGCCUCAGCUCAACCAUCGGGAGCUGUGUGUGACUCCACCAUGCAGUCCAAUGACUCCCUGGAUGUCAGUGACAUGAGCUGGUCUAGUGCAACUGGGGGAAGAGCGAAUAGCUGUUCUAUGGAGGGUCAAAAGGAGGUGUCAUCUGAGAGUUUUGGAGUGAAAAGAUGGUUGCGUACUUAUUUGACUAAAGUUGAAACCAUGAAGUCUGAUGGAACAGUGUAUACAAAGUUCCCAGAUAAAUCGUCAGUUCCUUCAUCUGCUUCAGUUGUCUCAUUUAGUAAUUUUCUCAGUUGUCCACAGCUAUUGGAGUUUCUAUCUGAUGGUUGUCCUAUAUCACAUGACAAACAGAAUGGUAAUAUCUCAGCUGAAGAUCAUGCAGACAGUAUAUCUACAGAUUCCACACAGAUGUCCCCUGAUGCUCUAGUUGAUCAGAUGAGCAGUUCUUACAAUUGUUUCAGAGUGUUCUCUAAUGAUGCACAAUGCUUGAUUGGGUUUGCCUUAAAUACAAAGAAAAACGUUCAAAUUAGCAGCACAAAUAUAGAUGAUGGAACAGGCUGUAAAGUUUUAGUUGCAGUGGCCAGGUUGAUUAAUUGGGGAAUGCAGUGGGUUUGCUCGGUGACAAUGGGCAAAUGCCUUGAGGGCAGGCCAGCAAUUGAGUGGCCAGAGUUUAGAUUUUCUCAUGCUUUUCUUAUUUGUCUUAAUGUUUCUGGCUUAGUCUCCAUUUACAUUGCAUUAACCGGUGAACAUAUAGCAUGUUUAGAUCUGUUAAAUGUUUGUGGAGUGUCUCCUUCCUUAGUAUCUCAAGAACAAAAGAAUUCAUCUUUGAAGAUUAGAGAAAGUUGUAUUGAAGAGAAGAAAUGUUGUCAGCUCAUCAAUCAAGCGGGAGAUUUUGUUGGUAGAAGAAGGUUCAAAAGGCUUCUUGUCAUUUCCCAUUCCUUGACAUUUUGUGUGAUCGACGAAUAUGGUGUAACAUAUGUAAUACACUUAGACGAUCAUAUCCCAAAGAAGUAUUGUUCACUUGAGAAAUUACACCCUCGGUAUCAACAAUUGAGUGAUGGAAUGUUGGCUGCUUGGGAGGUAGGUGCCGCUGAAAUUGGCUAUCAAAGGGUCUUCUCCGAUUUUUUCGGUGAGAAGGAACAAAGCAAAUCAUCCAUUAUUAGAGAGUCUUCUUUCGCUGAUAAUACACAUGGGGAAAGGAAGUAUGGCUCAUAUGGACGUAGCCUAUCUGAUGCUCUUGAUGUAAAUAAGAAUAGGAUUUUUGAUAAUAGAUUACGGUCAUGCCAUAGCAGAAAAGUUUUCCUUGCUAUAGAUGGAUCUAAAGAAGAUGGCGUUGUUUGUUUUUCUCCUUUUGGAAUCACUCGGCUAGUGAAGGGAAAAUAUUCUGAGGGAAAUGGAAAGUGUCGACUUAUUCAUUCCAGUUUAAAUGUAAACAUGGCAAUAAAUGAUGACAGCAGCUAUAACAUCCAAGGUUGGGAUGCCAUAGUGGACGAAGCUAUAGGUUGUAGUUUCCACGGUUGUUUGUAUUUGGUCACAAAGGACGGUAUUGCUGUAGUUCUGCCUCGUCUUUCUCUUCCUUCAAAUUUCUAUCCGGUCGAAGCAAUUGGUUACCAGCAGUAUUCUUGUUAUAGUGCUGGCUCAAAGUAUGGAGUGCAUAAGCUUCAUGAGUUUGAAAGCACAAAAAGGCCUUUUUCUCCAUGGAAAGUGGAGGUGUUGGAUAAAGCUCUCUUGUAUGAAGGGCCUGAAAUAGCAGAUCAAUUAUGCUUGGAAAAUGGAUGGGACUUGAGUAUUACGUGGAUUCGGAACUUGCAGCUAGCACUGGAAUACCUUAAAUUCGAGGAGAUUGAAAAGUCUUUAGAAAUGCUUGCUCAUGUCAAUUUGGCUGAAGAAGGCGUCUUGAGGAUGCUCCUUGUUGUUGUUUAUCUGAUGUCCUCCAAAGUUGGUAAUGAUAAUGAGGUCUCUGCUGCAUCAAGGCUUCUUGCUUUAGGAACUAGCUUUGCCACCAAGAUGAUACGAGAAUAUGGUUUACUGCAGCAUAAGAAAGAUGGAAUGGAGUCCUGGAAAGCUGGAGGUGUGCAAAAUUCUUUUCUUUCUUCAGAGUUGAUAGAUAGUAGACCUGACGGGACGGAAGAUCUGGAAAGGCUUCAGAAGAUGGCUCACUUUCUGGAGAUCAUAAGGAAUCUGCAGUGGCGACUCACAUACAAAUGCAAAAGGCUAGGCCAAGAAUUGGUGGAUCAUGGUGAAGCUUUAGGUGAGACAGAUUUGUCACAGGACGAGUCCAGGAUUCUCGAUCUUCCUGCUGAUAUCUUAUCUUUGGAGGCUUCAAACCAAAAACGACUGGCUCCUGCUUCUGAGAUGGAGAGAAAUAAUGGCGAAGACCUUGCUUUGAUGUCUGUGGAUGGAUUUGAUUGCAAGGACAUAUCUUCUUUGGACACUUUUAAAGAACCAUCUUUAAUAUCUGAAGAAAAAAGAGUCUUUUCUAUAGAAAAUCCAAAGGAUAUGAUUGCACGGUGGGAGAUGGAUAACCUGGAUGUCAAAACAGUUGUCAAAGACGCUAUACUUGCUGGUCGUCUUCCUUUGGCCGUUCUUAAGCUGCAUCUUCAUCGUUCAAGAGAUUUGAUGUCGGAUCAGGAAAAUCAAGAUACAUUCAAUGAAGUUCGUGAAGUUGGAAGAGCUAUUGCUUAUGACUUGUUCCUGAAGGGUGAGACUGGACUUGCUGUAGCAACACUUCAAAGGCUGGGGGAAGAUAUUGAAACCAGCCUUAAACAGUUAGUUUUCGGUACUGUCCGGAGAUCUCUACGUAUGCAAAUUGUUGAAGUCAUGAAAGGACUUGCGUAUCUUGGACCACAUGAGUGGCAAAUUUUGGAGAGGAUCUCACUUAUUGAGAGAAUUUAUCCUUGCAGCAGUUUCUGGAGUACCUUCUCUAGCCGACACAAAGAGUUCAAGGGAGAAUCAAAUGGAAAUGCAGCAGAAGAAAUAAAACUGCACUUAUUGGCUCCAUUGGGUAGAGACCUAGUUAUUGCCUGCGGUGAACUUGAUGGAGUUGUGCUGGGUUCAUGGAUGAAUGUGAACGAACAACCAGUUGCUCCCGAAGCUGACGAUGAUGGUAAUCAUUCUAGUUACUGGAGUGCUGCUGCAGUGUGGUUUGAUGUCUGGGAUCAGAGAGUUGUUGAUUGUAUAGUGCUGGAUCAACCUUUCCUUAUGGGGGUCAAUGUUUUGUGGGAGUCACAACUUGAUUACCACAUUCGCCAUAGUGACUGGUUGGAUGUAUCAAGACUUUUAGAGGUAAUCCCGUCAUAUGCGUUAACCAGUGGAAGCCUCAGUGUCAGUUUGGAUGGUAUACGCUCUUCAUCAGUUGACGAAGAUCUUCAGAAACCUCAAGAGUCUGGCAGUUGCAUAUAUUCUCUUGAAGAGGUGGAUGCUGUUUGCAUGAAUGUGCCGAGUGUCCAAAUAUUCAGGUUUUCUGCGGACAGCAUGUGCUCCAUGUGGUUGCUAAUGCUUAUGGAGCGGGAACUUGCUAAGAAAUUUAUUUUUCUGAAGGAUUACUGGGGAGCUACUGCAGAUAUUGUGUCUCUUCUUUCCCAGUCAGGUUUUAUCCGUGAUGUGCAUAAAUCUUUACCGACGGAUGAGCCGGCUGAGAGCUGGUCAGACUCUGUACUAGCUAUUAGUGAUGCCAGAGCUCAUCCAGAUUCCAUCCAAGCAUUUCAUAAGGUUAUCGUUCACCACUGUUCACAGCACAACUUGCUGAAUUUCCUGGAUCUUUACCUUGACCACCACAAAUUGGCUUUAGAUCAUGAAUCAAUUUCCUGGAUGCAGGAUGCAGCAGGAGAUAACCAAUGGGCCAAGUGGUUGCUCUUGCAAAGGGUCAAGGGGAAAGAGUAUGAAGCGUCAUUCUCUAAUGCCCGUGCUGUUGUAUCACAUAAUUUAGUUGCCGGUGACAGUUUCAGCACCAUGGAGAUAGACGAUGUAAUACAUACUGUUGAUGACAUAGCGGAAGGAGCAGGAGAAAUGGCAGCUUUGGCCACAUUGAUGUAUGCUCCAAUUCCAAUUCAAGAUUGCUUGAGCAGUGGUAGCGUGAACAGGCUCAAUAGUUCUGUACAGUGUACAUUGGAGAAUCUCAGGCCAUUCCUCCAACGCUUUCCUACUUUGGGUCGUACACUAACUGCAGCAUGUUUUGGACAAGAUCCAACUUGCAGCAGUAUAAGUCCUAAACCGAAAUUUUUUGGUUAUUCUGAUUUAUUAGACUAUUUGAAUUGGCGCGAGAGUGUGUUCUGCUCUUCAGCACAUGAUACUUCACUCUCACAGAUGCUUCCUUGCGGGUUCCCUAAGGCAGUCCGGAGAUUAAUUCAGCUUUAUGUGCAGGGCCCACUUGGUUGGCAAUCAAUUGCAGAUUUGCCAGUGGAUGAUCCCUCUCUGCUGAGGGACAUUGUUCCUUCUGACAUCAGUCCCUUGUCCUGGGAAGUUGCCAUCCAGAAACACAUUGAGGAGGAGCUGUAUGAUUCUUCAUUAAAGGAAUCUAGAGUUGGAAUUGAGCACCAUUUACAUCGUGGACGUGCAUUGGCAGCUUUUAAUCAGCUGCUGUCAAAUAGAGUUCAAAAGUUGAAGUCAGAAAGUUCUCGUAGGCAGCAUGGGACUCCAGUGCAAGGACAAACUAACAUCCAGUCAGACGUGCAGAUGCUUCUUUCACCUAUUACACAGAGUGAACAGUUGUUUCUUUCAUCUGUCGUGCCCCUUGCUAUUGUGCAUUUCGCUGAUUCAGUGUUGGUGGCGUCUUGUGCUUUUCUAUUGGAGUUGUGUGGUUUAUCUCCUGUUACACUCCAAAUUGAUGUUGCUGCUUUGAGAAGAAUAGAUUCCUUUAAUAAAUCUGGCCAUUGUUCCAAUCACCUUCAACAACUUUCUCCCAGGGGUUCUUCAUUUCGUUCAAAUACUUGUGACAAGAAUAUUACCGAAUCUCUAGCACGAGGAUUGGCAGAUGAUUAUUGCCAGAAUGAUUGGUUCAAUCAAGCUAAUCAAAAAAGUGAUCAGUUAACAACCUCUGACAGACAGCCAUCUCGAGCUCUCAUGCUUGUCCUGCAACAUUUGGAAGCAUCAAGUCUUCCGUCAUCAGCUGAUGGAGUGACGUGUGGCUCUUGGUUGUUAACUGGUAAUGGUGAUGGGGUUGAACUGAGGUCUCAGCAAAAAGCUGCAAGCGAGCACUGGAAUUUGGUGAUGACAUUUUGUCAGGCGCAUCAACUUUCUGUGAGCACUAGAUAUCUUGCUUUAUUAGCAAGAGACAAUGACUGGGUUGGUUUUCUCUCAGAAGCUCAAAUUGGAGGCUACACCUUGGAGACAGUGAUGGAAGUAGCAUUAAAGGAGUUUGGUGAUGCGCGUCUGAAAACCCACAUACUAACAGUUCUGAAGAGUAUACAAUCAAGGAAGAAAUUUAGCUCUUCUUCAAGUUCAGAUACAGGAGAAAAGAAGAAUGGGACAUCAUUUCCGAAUGAAAAUGUGUAUGCACCGGCCGAACUAUUUGGAAUUAUCGCUGAAUGUGAGAGCCAAGCAAGGCCUGGAGAAGCUCUUCUCCUGCAAGCAAAGAAUUUAUGCUGGUCACUUUUGGCUGCAAUCGCUUCCUGUUUUCCAGAUGUCUCUUCGUUGUCCUGCCUGACAGUUUGGCUAGAAAUAACUGCAGCAAGGGAAACAUCAGCCAUCAAAGUUAAUAAUGCUGCUUCCCAGAUUGCAAACAAUGUCGCGGCUGCUGUGGAAGCCACAAAUUCCCUACCUGCAUCUGCCAAAGCACCUACAGUUCAUUAUAAUCGCAAAAACCCAAAGCGUAGGCGGCUCAUGGAGCCUGAGUCAGUGCAUUCCUUAGUUUUCACAAUGCCUGAUGUACGGAAGGCAGAUGGAAAUGUGAGAAUCCAAGACAUGACUGCUGGAGAGGAAUGUGAAAAGCAAGUUGAUCAAGACGACAAAGUUUCAAAUGACUCCGAUGAAGUGGCUGGUUCUUUGUCUAGAAUGGUUGCUGUGCUUUGUGAACAACAUUUAUUCCUUCCUUUGCUCAGGGCUUUUGAAAUGUUUCUUCCUUCAUGUUCGCUCUUACCUUUCAUCCGAGCUCUUCAGGCAUUUUCUCAAAUGCGCCUCUCUGAAGCAUCAGCUCAUCUGGGAUCCUUUUCUGCUAGAAUUAAGGAAGAACCUCAUGUAUACACACAAGCUGGAAAAGAAGGGAAAAUUGGAAGUUUAUGGAUAAGUUAUACUGCUGUGAAAGCUGCUGAUGCGAUGCUUUCAAGAUGUCCUUCACCUUAUGAAAGAAGGUGCUUAUUACACCUCCUCGCUGCCACUAAUUUUAGUGAUGGAGGUUCUGCUGCAACAUGUUAUCAACGGCUCUACUGGAAAGUAAAUUUGGCAGAACCUUCUCUUCGCAAAAAUGAUGGCCUACAUCUUGGAAACGAGCCACUAGAUGAUGCUUCGCUUUUAACAACAUUAGAGGAACAUGGACACUGGGAACAGGCACGCAAUUGGGCUAAGCAUUUAGAGGCCAGUGGUGGGUCUUGGAAAUCUGCAACGCACCAUGUUACUGAAACACAGGCUGAGUCCAUGGUUACAGAGUGGAAGGAGUUUCUUUGGGAUGUUCCGGAAGAAAGGGCUGCUUUAUGGGGUCACUGCCAGACUCUCUUUCUUAGAUAUUCUUUUCCACCGUUGCAGGCGGGAUUAUUUUUCCUCAAGCAUGCAGAGGCACCAGAAAAAGAUCUCCCGGCCAGAGAAAUUCAUGAACUAUUGUUGCUUUCUCUACAGUGGUUGAGUGGAAUGUUUACUCAAUGCAGUCCAGUUUGUCCCUUGCAUCUUUUGAGAGAAAUUGAAACUAGAGCAUGGCUACUGGCUGUUGAAUCAGAGACUCAAGUAAAAAGCGAGGGAGAGUUUACCCUUUCUAGUCGUGAACCUGCAAGUGGCAAGGGGCCUAACAUAAUUGACCGAACUGCAAGCAUUAUUACUAAAAUGGAUAGCCACAUUAAUUCAGUGAGAAUCAAGUCUGGAGACAGGAAUGAAACAGGGGAAAGUAACAUGUCAGAUUCUAGCUCUUCAGGUACCAUUUUGGGCAGUGCAAAAGUUAAAAGGAGAGCCAAAGGCUUUGUACCCUCAAGAAAGUCUUUAGCUGAUCCAGUGGACAGAAGUAAUGAGCCUGAAACUGGCUCCACUAAUUUUAAUAUGAAGGAGGAUUCACAGCUACCUGAUGAAAACCUUAAAAUAGAAGCAACAUUCUCAAAGUGGGAGGAAAGAGUUGGACCUGCAGAGCUAGAACGGGCUGUCCUUUCACUUCUGGAAUUUGGACAAAUUGCGGCUUCCCGACAGCUUCAACAUAAGUUGUCUCCAGGUUGCAUACCGUCUGAAUUCACACUUGUGGAUGCUGCCCUAAAGCUUGCAGCAAUUGCCACCCCAAAUGACAAAGUAUCGAUAUUGGUGCUCGAUGGUGAACUUCGUUCUGUUAUGCAGUCAUACCAGCUUUUCCCCAAUCAACACGUGAUUGAUCCUCUCCAGGUACUGGAAAGUUUUGAAUUACUCCUAACUGAAGGUAGGGGACGCAGCCUUUGCAGGAGAAUAAUAUCAGUUGUGAAGGCAGCAAAUGUGUUGGGUCUUCCAUUUUCAGAAGCAUUUGAAAAGCAUCCUAUUGAACUCUUACAAUUGCUUUCUCUAAAAGCGCAAGACUCUUUUGAAGAAGCAAAGCUCUUAGUUCAAUCGCAUUAUAUGCCUGCAGCUAGUAUUGCUCAAAUUCUUGCUGAAUCAUUUUUGAAGGGUUUGCUAGCAGCACACCGUGGAGGUUACAUGGAAUCUCAAAAAGAGGAGGGACCUGCUCCUUUAUUGUGGAGAUUUUCUGAUUUCUUGAAGUGGGCUGAGCUUUGCCCCUCUGAACCAGAAGUUGGCCAUGCUUUACUGCGUUUAGUUGCCACUUAUCAAGGAAUACCACAUGCCUGUGAAGUUGAGCUUCUCAUUUUGUCCCACCAUUUCUACAAGUCCUCGGCAUGCCUCGAUGGAGUUGAUGUUCUUGUAGAUCUUGCAUUCAAAAAGGUGGAGGCUUAUGUAUCUGAGGGUGAUUUUCCAUGUUUAGCUCGCUUGGUAACCGGAGUGGGGAACUACCAUGCACUUAGUUUCAUUCUUGGUAUCCUUAUUGAAAAUGGUCAGCUCGAUCUUCUUCUUCAGAAGUUUUCAGCUGCUGUCGAUGACAAUGAUGGCACUGCCGAGGAAGUAAGAGGAUUCAGAAUGGCUCUUCUCACAUUACUCAAGCAAUUUAAUCCCAAUGAUCACGAUGCAUUUGCCAUGGUUUAUAAGCAUUUUGAUAUGAAACAUGAGACUGCUUUGCUUCUGGAAGCACGAGCACAGCAAUCAUGUAAGGAGUGGUCCCUCCGUUCUGACAAGGACCAGACUGAUGAGCUCCUGGCUUCCAUGCGGUACUUCGUUGAAGCUGCUGAAGUUUACUCUUCAAUUGAUGCUGGAAACAAAACACGCCAAGGUUGUGCACAGGCAUCACUUCUCUAUCUUCAGAUUCGGAUGCCAGACUUACAAUUUAUCUAUCUGUCUGAAACUAAUGCACGGAGGGCACUGGUCGAACAAUCCCGUUUCCAAGAAGCACUAAUUGUUGCUGAAGCUUAUGGCCUUAACCAGCCAGGUGAAUGGGCUCUUGUACUUUGGAAUCAAAUGCUCAGACCAGAUCUCGUUGAACAGUUUGUGGCUGAAUUUGUUGCUGUGUUCCCCCUUCAACCCUCAAUGCUUCUUGAACUUGCUAGAUUUUAUAGGGCUGAAGUGGCUGCAAGAGGGGAUCAAUCACAAUUUUCUGUGUGGUUGACAGGGGGAGGGCUCCCUGCUGAAUGGGCGAAAUAUCUUGGGAGAUCAUUCAGAUGUUUGUUGAGAAGGACUAGGGACUUGAGGUUGCGUAACCAACUGGCUACCAUAGCAACAGGGUUUACCGAUGUGGUUGAUGCGUGCAAUAAAGCAUUCGAUAAAAUCCCUGAAAGUGCCGGGCCUCUUGUCCUGAGGAAAGGUCAUGGAGGAGGUUACCUUCCACUGAUGUAAUAAGAGAGACCUCUUACAGUCGGUGGCGCCAGAGACAGUUGUAUAUUAUAUUCAGUUUCGAAUUUUUGCCCUCCAAAUUUAGCUUUAGUAGAAAGCAGCCUGAUUUCUUGAAGACACAACAGGUGAUUAGGUCUGAUGAGUUGAUGAUCUGCAAAUUUUGGCAUCAUUUUAUUUGUUCAUUUGUGCAAAUUCUUUCCAACUGAACUGAGGCCGGGUGAACUGACUGUAGUUUUGUUGUCUAAAAGAAAUAUACAUUAGAGGACAUGUAAAAUGUUGUAAAAAAUUCUUUUGUUGAUAAGCAAUUUAAGUGGUUGAAGUUCUUUA